AUUGUUGUGUCUAAUAAGUAAUGACAAAGUACCCUAGCACAAUGCCAAGUUUGCAUAAAUUGUGGUUCUAUUUUAGGGUUUUGUUUAAGUGUGCAACCCCUUUAAGGUUGCACACCAUAUGCAACCCAUUGUUAGCCGUUAGAUUACAAUAAUUGAUCAAGACCAUUGAAUUGUUUAAUCGUGAAAAAGUUGAAACCGGGGCAACCGGUUAAUGCUUGUAUUUGCAUGAUUGCAUCCAACUCACUCUCUGUAUUUCGUCUCUAUCUCUCUCUGUGUAAGGUUGAGUCAGUGUAACCCUUGAUUUCCAUUAACAACGAGAAGCCCUUGCUGGGUUGGUUCCAUUGACGAAGCUCUGUAGGGAACAGUAUAACGGGCGAUUUCCAACAACAACGGAAGUAUAAGGCCGUGUUGGUUCCAUUGCUGAAAUGAAACCCUUCUCUCCAACUAGAUAUAAGUAUGGCCCCAGCGGAAGUUAAAAGGGAAGGUGAUGAUUAUGACAUUCCAAAUGAAGCAGAUGACAUUCGUUUGAUGAAUGAAAGUCGGGCGGAACCUUAUCAUGGUUUCGAAGCUGGUCCGAGCAAUGAAGAAGCAACCAACAUGAACGUUGAAGAUGGCAGAGCCGAUGUGAAAAAAGAAAUGGUUGACGAUGCUCAUCGCAAUGACAUGGUUGGUGAUGUUGAACGUGUUAUUCUGGAACAGAAAUUUGAUUCGGUCGAAGAUGGAGAAGCUUUCUAUAAUGCGUAUGAUAAAGCCAAAGGAUUUAGUAUACGGAAAUCCAGAUUUAACACAAAUAAAGAGGGAAAGGUCGUUAGUAGCCUGUGGUUGUGUUCAAGGGAAGGUCAGAGAUUACCAAAAUACUUGGACCGUGUUGCUGAGAAGAGUAGAGCUCCCAAGGCACUAACAAGAGUAGGUUGUAAAGCCAAAUUUCGCAUACGGUACGAUGCAGAUGCUGGUGAAGGGGGAAAGUAUGUUAUGACUCACUUCGUCGCAGACCACAACCAUGAAUUGGCGGAACAACAUUGUGUGAUGUAUCUGAGGUCACAUCGCAGUUUAAACAGCGCUGACAAAGCUCAAGCAAUGGUUAUGCGCAACGUCGGUGUGAAGACUAGCCAAAUCAUGGACUAUAUGGUAAAUCAAUCCGGGUCUUAUGAGAAUGUUGGUUUCAUCCGUAUGGAUCUGCACAACCAUAUUCAAGUCGAACGUAGAGCAGAAGUUGAGGAUGGUGAUGCGCAGCGCAGGGUGCGUUGGUUUACCUAUGUGCAAAACUUGAUGUUGAUGCACGUUUUUUUUACAAGUAUGAUGUGUGUAACGAUAACAAGUUACAAAAUCUGUUCUGGGCAGAUUCAAAAUCGCGGGCCAACUACGCAAAGUUUGGUGAUGUGUUGAUAUUUGACUCAACUUACAGAACCAAUGCAUACAAGAAACCUUUUGUCAUGUUGGCUGGUGUGACUAGCCACUUUAGGGCCACAAUAUUUGCAUGUGUUUUGCUAGCUAAUGAGACAAGUGAGACAUACACAUGGGUUUUGGAAACAUUUAUGGAGGCGAUGGGUAGGAAUGGCAACGGGGUGGGGCGGGGCCGGGGAUCACCCUCCUCGUCCCCGAUCCCCGAUGGUAAAAAAUUCCCCGGCCCCGAUCCCCGACGAGGACCCUGUCACCGUCCCCAUCCCCGCCCCCUAACGGGGAUCGGGUAUCCCCGACCCCGAAAAUUCCCCGCCCAAAUCUGUUUCAACAUCAUCAACAACUUUUAACAUCAACAAAAUCAUCAAGAAAAUCAUAAAAAAAAAUCAUCAAUCAACAAAUCUGAGUGUGCAUUCAUCAAUCAAGAACAUCAUCAACGUGCAUCAACUACCAAAAAAAAUAAAAUAAAGACAAAUAGAGACAGAUCUGAGAUUUGUGUGUCAUCAAACAGAUCUGAGUCGGCGAUGGUGACUGCACCGAAGGUGGACCACGGUGGCUGCGCUCGGCGAUGGUGGCUGUGAUCGACGAUGGUUGCUGCAAUCGGCGAUGCUAGACGACGACGGCUGCAUGGACGAAGGCGAUGAACGACAGUGGCUGAGACGAACAACGGAGGAGGACGGCGGUGCGAGGCCGCAUCGACGGUGGCGCUGAAGGGGAGGAGAGUACGAGAGUGAGAGAAAGAGAGACUGUGAGUGAGUGAGAGGGAGAGAGAGAGAUGAGAGGUAGUGAGAUGAUGAGAACAAGAGAGGGAAGAGUGUGUAAAUGAAAGAGAGAGAAAGAGAGACGGAAACAUAAUAUAUAAAGUAUAUUUUAUAUAUAUAUAUACUAAGUCGGGGACAAACUGGUCGGGGCCGGGCCGAGGCCGGGGAUUGGGCAUUAAUUACCGUCCCCGGCCCGAAAUUAAUCGGGGAUUAAUUUUUAAAUACCAUCCCCUCCCCGUCGGGGGUAUUUUUCGGGGAAAAAUCAUUCAAAUCGGGAUCGGGGGAUCGGGUCCCCGUUGGGCCGGUUUCAAAUUGCCAUCCCUAGCGAUGGGCAAUAAAGCACCUGUGUCUGUACUGACAGAUGGGGAUAAGGCGAUGCGAGAGGCAAUCAGAAGAGUAUUUCCAGACGCAAGACAUCGAUUAUGUAAUUCACAUCUUGGGAAAAAUGCUGUUUCAAAUGUUCACAUAAGUGGCUUUGCACAUGCUUUCAAGCAGUGCAUGGACAUGGAAACAGAUGAGAAACUUUGAGCAUGGCUAGACGACAAUGGUCGAAAAAUUUGGACUUCAAACCAACAGUUGGGUGUUGAAGACAUAUGAGAAGCGUCAUAUGUGGGCUGAGGCAUAUAUGCGUGGACAUUUCUUUGCUAGGAUGAAGAGCACUCAGCGCUCGGAGUGUAUGAAUGCUUAUUUCAAUCCCUUCCUCCAACACAAAUUGAAGCUAUAUGAAUUUGUUAGGCACUAUGAUCGGGCUCUUGCAAGGAUAAGGUAUAACGAGGAUGGAGAUGAUGCUGAAACAAAUAACACUUUUUCGGUAUUGAUUAUUCCAUUGCGAGAUAUAGAGAGACAUGGAGCUGAGCUAUUCACCUGAAAUAUAUUUAGAAUGUUCCGUGAUGAAAUCUUAGAAGAGGGGAAGUUGAAUGUCAAGGACGUGUUCCCUUUGCCGGAUGGUCAGAAAUGCUACUAUAUUCAUAAGUACAAAUUGAAGGAUAGAUCAUGGAUAGUAACACACAAUCUAAUGGAUACUGCAAUGAGAUGUUUUUGCAUGAAGUUUGAGUCGCUGGGGUUACUUUGCUGUCACAUGAUAUGUGUUAUGAAAGUCGAAAAUUUAACGCAAAUUCCCCCAACUUGUGUGCUGCAUAGAUGGACAAGGGCUGCAAGCAAGGAUGGCCAGCAAUGGCCUCAACCCUCAAUUGAUAGCACUACAACACAGACAGCCCGGUAUAGGAUAUUGAGUUCUUCCUACAAUGAAAUGUGUUUCUAUGCCUCGCAAUCAACGGAGGUUUCAAAGAGGCUAGGGAUGCAUGUCUUCCGAUGACGAGCCGGAUGAAGGAGUUAUAUGAGAGGAAUCUGAACGAUGGGAAUGGAGACAAAGGGAAACAUUCAUUCCCUCGACAAUUUGGAGUUAAAGAUCCUGAUGUUGUGAAGACAAAAGGGAACUCAGGACGGGCCUUGUCCAACUGUCGAAGACCAAGAAAAUGUGGGAAUUGCAAAUGCAUUGGGCACACAAAGCGAACGUGUCCUAAGGUUCGGUUUAGCCGAACAGUGGGUAGUAACUCAGAUGUUGAUACAACCCACAUAACUGACCGUGAGUAUAAUGCGGAGUCAUUGCCCGUUCGUUGCAAAACUGGGUUGGUGGAUCCAAGUACACCGUACAUUAAGCAAUAGCGGCUGUUUUUCGAUGCUUUUCCUGAUUCCAAGCAGCCCGUGGGCCAAUACGUUAGUGUUGAAGCAGCAGUGUGCAAAAAUGAUUCGACCACAAUUGAUGAGGUGAAUCAGGUAAUUGUAUAAUUUGUAUGAUUUACUUAUUCCCUUAAUCUAUUAGGUAGACAGUACUAGCUAUUGAAAACACAUGUAAAUAAUGUAUGUAGUUUUCAUUUUACACGGAUUGUUGUACGUAACGUGUAAAUAAUUGGUUAGGUACAAUGCCAGGAAAUGACACAAUGUUACUUAUGUACAAGGCCACGAGUUGUAAAUUUUUCAUAUUGUUUAGAAUGAUGUUAUCAUUUGUGUUUGCAGUGACUUGUGAAUUUGAACACUAAUUGAAGGUGAGAUAUAUAUGGGUUGUCUGUGUAUUGUUUUGGGUGAGAAAUUGGCUUAUGUCUG